ACGUCUACUACGCUUCAGGCCGUCUGAUUCAGUUGAAAUCAAACCGUUCGUGAUAGUUGUUCAGUGCGCGUGUAACCCCGUCUAUAUUUUGAAUUCAUUACUCUUUUUUUUGAAAUCCGAUCAUAUUAUUUUGGGAAAUUUUACCCGGUUCCGAUCGAUCAUAUUCGGUUGUUUAUUGUCGAAAUAUUGGUGUUUAUUCAAAAUUCAUCGUAGUGACUGACUGUAGAAAUAGUUUUUUUUUCUUCUGAAAAAUUAAACGAAACGAAAGAGAAAUUCAAACAACAAAAAAAAACAGUUUUAUUCGGACGACUGAAUUUGUUUGUGUAAGGAUUCGUUUUUUAUCCGGCGAGAACAGAAGCAGAAAACUUGGAAUUUUGUGAAUUUAUUUUUCUUUCAUCAAGUUAACGUUGAUUCAUUUGCACAAUACCAACAACACUUUGGUACUGAAUCAUAACACACGCGCUGGGUAAAGUGGAAUACAUAUUACGUCAUCGAAAGGAUAAUUAUUUGUUGAACUCAACGAAACAAAGAAGAAAAUAAAAUUGUGAUAUUUAAUUGUUUCCAUCCAUAUAAAAGCGACCUAAACAAAAUCAGUUCAAAUUGACUGAGUUUCAUUUUUUUUAAAACGUCGAAAUGAUAUAAAAUUGAAUUGUGUUAAAAUCAAUAGUCUGCAUAAGAAAGUGUUAGAAUCGGAGUGAAGGAAACCGUCGAAAAAAAGAAACAGGAAGAAGAAACGAAUUUUUUUAGAACAAAAAAAAAAGAAAUCAAGCAGUUAACAAGAUGUUGAUGCCAGGAGCAACAGAUACAGAUGCCGCAUUAGCUGCGAACGUUAUUGUUCGUGCAUCCUUCGAUAGUGUAAUCCCAGCUAGCACAGCCCUAGCGUCAGUGACACCGGGUGGAGGCAUUGUAUCACCAACCACACCCAGCAUGACCAGUCAACAAAAAGACACAACCUGGACGAAAUUAUUCGUUGGCGGUCUACCAUAUCACACCACCGAUAAAAGUCUUAGGGAACAUUUUUCAAUUUAUGGUGAUAUCGAAGAAGCCGUUGUGAUCACCGACCGACAAACAAACAAAAGCAGAGGAUAUGGAUUUGUGAUAAUGGGCAAUCGAGCGAGUGCUGAACGCGCCUGCAAAGAUCCAAAUCCAAUCAUUGAUGGACGGAAAGCUAACGUAAAUCUUGCAAUAUUAGGAGCAAAACCACGUGGCAAUAUCACACCCGGUUUUCCAUUUGCUGCUGCAUCGGCUGCUGGCAUCGGUGCGGGUGCCUAUCCCGUUCUUCAAAAUCAAUUCGGUGUACCACAAUCAUACGUCUAUGGAUCACCGUAUCUAGGAGCGGCUACGACAGCCUCUGCGGCCGGACUCGUCCAGAUACCAGCCACACAGCUCUCACACGCCGCUGCUAUCGCCGCUGCCACCAACCAGUUCUAUGAGUAUCAAAACGCUGUUGCUGCCGCCGCUGCUGCACCUUAUCCAGGACAAUAUGCUGGCUACGAAGCAUAUCCAUACUCAAGCGCUGCCGCCGCUGCUGCUGCAGGUGCUGCUGCGAAUUACAUGGCACCAUACACGUAUACAACACUACCGCAAUCGGCUGGAAUGGCUGCUGUUGCAGCGGCUAACGGAAUUCACGGUUUAUCACCAUAUCAGGGUGCUGGCGGUGCAUCAUUACAAGAGGCAAGACUUCAAUGAUAUCCAAAACAUUUGUGUAUUCUAAAGUAGAAGUCGUAGAAAAUAGAACAAACAAACAAACAAAAAUGUUUUUUUUGCGAAAAAUAGAGAAAUGGUGUAGAAAACGAAUCUAAUAAUUGAUUAAAAAACAAAGCAUAUAUUAGGAUUGUCCAUUGGAUAUCUUUUCACAUGAAAUUUGAUUUUCUUUUUUAAUCGUUUUGAAUGCCCAACUUGAGCAUUCGGAAUGGCAUUUUGUGUUCCAAUCUUAGACCGAAGUCAUGGUUGUCAGUUGCAAUGUGCACUGUAGUUUUGAAGUCAGAAACCCAAAAUCAAUUUAAUCUGGAAUCAAAAUGAGUUCGAGAAUUUAGAAGAGAACUCAGUGUAAGGUCAAAUGUUGACCCAAUUGAUGGUUUCAAUACCAACCAUUUAUCAAGUCUUAAUAUUAACCCUAUCAUCGAGUGGAAGUUCCUGCAUGUGGUCUGACAUUGUAACAGAGAAUGCUAGCCGAAUGUUAAGUUCGAAUUUGUCCCGUGUAUCUUGCUCUUAGUUGAAAUAUGUUUUUCUAUGUUUUGUUUUUUUUUUGUAGAAAUGUUGAAAGUAAAAUCGAAAACGAAGAAUUUAAGUUUUUUUUAACAAAACAAAAGCGAACAAUUGAAAUUAAAUAAAAAUUAUUUGUUUUUUUCAUUAUUGGUUUUUCCUCAAUUUAGAAGAAAAAGUACAAAAUUAUGGGAACAUAGUUAGCAUAUAAAAUGAGAGAAAGAGACAGAGAAUGAGAGAGAGGGAGAGAGAGAAUGCAACGUAAAAUGUCUUAACACAAAUAAACGCAUAAGGAAUUGAAGUUGAGCAUUCAGAUGAACAAAGUGAAAAUAUCUAACAGAGACAGAGAGAGAAAGGGAGGACGUGCUCACAAGACAUACACAGAAAAAAAAAAAAAAAAAAAUGAAAUCAACAAAAAAAAACACAAACACAAAAAUCCUAACUUAUGAAUCUAGCUUUAAUGGACCUACAUCUAUGUUUAAAUGAUAAUGUAAUUUAUUAACUUUUAUUAAUUAUUGGCAAUUCAAUCGGAUUAUUUCGAGGUGAGUAAUUAGGUAGCGACAAGUUGAGGGAAUGUUACUUGAACGCCAACCGAUCCCCCCCACCCCACAUGCUCCCCAUUUUUUUAUAUAUAUAAAUAUUAUAUAGAAUGAACACCGACUCAAGAGACUAUUUUCAAGAAUAUUUUUUUGAGAUUUACAAAAUAACAACAACAACAACUUACCUGAACGAACUCCAUCAAGAUGAUUAAGACUUGAAUAAAAAGAAGAAGAAACAAAAAAAAACACGUUCGCGUUGCCUUUAACAAGAAAACAGCACGUUAAACAAAUUUAUUUAAAUGACGAGAGGGUAUCAAGGGAACAGGCACACAAAAUACUUAACGGUUUAUUCAUACAAGAAAAACACCCAAGAACAUAAAAGAAGGAGCAAAAAAAAAUCGAACUCGCAUCGUUCGGAACCAAUUUAUUAAGAGCUAAUUCUAUCACUAUUAUUACAGCUACGUUUAACUCUAUUACGAAUAAAAAAUCACGUAUUUGAUAAGAGAGCAAAAUGAAAAGAAGCAAACAAAAAAAAGAUCACAUAUUUUCAUAUCACACUAUAUAUAGAUUUUAAAACUCUACCAAUCUACUUGAAUGAGAAGAGAAAACAGAUCGAUAAUUAUAAUAUGAGAAAGAAGAUGAACAAAAACGACAAAAAAAAUUAAACAAUUUACACCUUUAAGGCAAUUUAUUGCAAUUUUUAAUCUAUAUCAAUAUUUAAUUUAUUUCUUCUAGCAAUUAGCUCGUUCGAAUCUCUGCUGAUGACUUAAUUGAAUUGCAAAUUUACUGAUACAUUUUUUGUCUUUUUCCGCGCCGAUGUAGAAUCAUGAAAAAAUAAACCAUGCAAUUUUGCCCGAUACUUCAAUAAAAUACGAUAAGUUCAGUUUUCCAAAAAAAGAAAAAAAAACUCAAAUCGCACACGAUGUUAUCGCACAAACACACGGUAACAACGAGCAAUUUACAUGAGCACAAAGACUGAGACAACACAAUCGCGUGUUGGAACGGGCCUUACAUAUCGAGGCAAUAAAUGUGCAACGCAUUCGAUCCAUUUUAUUUUAUAUAAAAUCUCGCUAUAUUAUAGAUGUAUGCCUCGAUUCUAUUAGUGCAAUUUAUCUGACCACUUUGAAAUAUCCACCGUUUAAUAGUCCGAAAUGAAAUAACCCCCCCCCCCCACACACACACACACACACAAACAUAACGCAAUCAACAUCAUCAUUUUAUAUACGUCACAAACCAGAGCAUUCAGAACAAUCAUUUAUUUAAAGGAAAAAUGAAAAACAAAUAAAAAAAACAAAAUCUUUGUUAAGCCAUUUGGCCAGAGUAUAUCUUGCAAAUCAUCGUUAAGUCAGAAUAUUUGGGGGAAACACGGAAGGAAAUUCCGCGCGAAUCAAAAACCGCCAUCGACACAGGAAUUUUCUCCCUUUUUUGCCCCACAUCUGGAUAGGAUCUAUUUUCAUAAUUACAAUUUAUUUAUUUUAGAAAAAACCAAAGUAUUAGCAUUAAAAAUCAGUAAAUUCUAAAAACACAAAUAAAAAAGACACAAAAAUCACACGCAAAAAAAA